AUGCUAUCAACACUUAUCCACUGCCCUUACAUGCUUUCACAUGCAAGGAAUUCCUCUCGACGAUCUAUAUACUAUUCGAUUGCAAGGCUUGCACAACAUUCCAAUGUCACCACUUCUCAGAUACGCCUUCGGAGUGAUGGAUGCAAACGGGUGAAUCGAAAAACCGAUUGGCAUUUUUCUGGCUUCAGAUCAUUUUCGUCACAGCUCGUCGUCGAGAACGAAGAUACGGAGCCAUCACUACACAAAUCUGUUGAGGAGCAAUAUAGCAGAAAAACUCCCUUGGAACAUGUUCUCUUGAGGCCUGGAAUGUACGUUGGUCCAGUGGAACGAUCGCCACCGAGCUCAUGUUGGGUUCCAAGUCCUGUACCAGAAAAAUAUGAUUUUUCGGCGGAUUUCCGGAGAACCUCUAUUCAAGAAAAUGGUGGACACUAUAGAAUGAAAAGUAGAGAAUAUGGAUUGAUUCCAGCAUUGGUCAAGAUCUUCGAUGAAAUUCUCGUCAAUGCAUCAGACAAUCGAUUGCGACAUCCGAAAACUUGCAACCGAUUAGAUGUCAAAAUUGAUCCGGGGUCAACAACUCGGGAGCCUCGGAUACGAAUUUGGAAUAAUGGCAAGGGAAUUCCGAUUCAUGUUCAUAAACAUGAGGGUAUCUAUGUACCGGAGAUGUUGUUUGGGCACUUGCUUACUGGAUCCAACUUCGAUGAUAAUGAGAAACGGCUAACAGGCGGACGACAUGGCUACGGUGCAAAAUUGACGAAUAUCUUCUCCAAGUCUUUUUCCAUCGAAACUCUGGACGCUAGAAGGAAGAAAUCUUACAAGCAAUCCUGGUACGACAACAUGACUCGGGCGUCGGAUCCAGAGAUUACGAGCCUGGAAGCACCUGCAGAAGAUUUCACUUGCAUUGAAUUUUCUCCAGAUAUGCCCCGGCUGACUGGUGAUCCAAGUGCGCUUUCAAUCGACGAUCAGGAUUACGUUGUGAUGUGUCGAAGAGUUCUAGAUGUUGCUGGCUGUGCUGCAGGGAAUCUACAGGUUACCUUGAACGGUCAAGAUGUAUCCAUGGCUUCUUUCGGUGAGUAUUGUCAAAUGUAUCGGAGCGAGAAUGCACCUCAUGUACUCUUCAACAAGCUGAAUGGCCGUUGGGAAGUUGGGAUUGGCCUUUCAGAAAGUAAUUCAUUCGACUCUAUAUCCUUUGUAAAUGGUAUGGCAACUCCCCGAGGGGGAACGCAUGUCAACGCAAUCGUGACCCAGGUAGUCAAGAAAAUACAAGACAAAGUGACAAAGAACGACGCAGAAUUGUCUAGUAUUCUUAUUCCUGGUUUAAUCAGAAGGAGCCUAUUUGUAGGCUGUAACACUCUGAUCGAAAAUCCAACCUUUGACUCUCAAAUGAAAGAGCAUCUGACUUCGAAUCCGAGUACCUUUGGGAGUUCAUGGACUCUGAGUGAAGCCUUUCUUAAUCGGCUUGUAAAGCCACAAGAAGAAGGAGGUCCAGGGAUUGUCGAAGAAGUGACGCGGGCUGCACAAGGUCGGCAACAAGCAAAUCUUUUGAAGCAUGUAGGGGCGAAGAAAAGUAGGCGACAACUUCUUUCGAUACAAAAGUUGGAUGAUGCACACAGUGCAGGGUCUGAAUCGAGCCUAGAUUGUACUCUUAUUCUGACUGAAGGAGAUUCCGCCAAGGCUCUCGCCGUUGCUGGUCUUGAAGUCAUUGGAAGAGAGCAUUAUGGUGUCUUUCCAUUGCGUGGUAAAUUUCUCAACGUCCGACAUGCAUCUUUCGACCAACUCUCCAAAAAUGCAGAGGUGAAGGCGUUAGUCGCGAUUCUCGGUCUAGAUUUCGAUAUGGAGUAUGCGACAAUUGAGGAGCGACAAAGUCUGCGAUACGGAAAGGUCAUGCUGAUGACAGAUCAAGAUACAGACGGUAGCCACAUCAAGGGUCUUGUUAUCAAUUUCUUUCGACAUUUUUGGCCUAAUUUACUGAAGCCUGCGAUGGAUGAUCCGUCAUCACAGCCAUUUAUGUCCUCAUUCGUCACCCCUUUGCUCAAGGCCACAAUGAAGGGCAAGAAAGAGGUCCUUUCCUUCUAUUCAAUGGCGGAAUAUGAUGCUUGGCGUUCCACUUUUGAUAGUCCUGAAGAUGUGAAAAAAUGGAAAAUCAAGUACUACAAAGGGCUUGGAACAAGCACACCCUCGGAGGCUAAGGCCUACUUCUCUGAUUUUGACAGACACCACCGACCUUUUCAUUGGAAUUCUGAGUUGGACGGUGAACUUCUUGACAAGGUGUUCGAUAAAGAUAGGGCUGCUGAUCGCCGAGAGUGGAUAUCAGAAGAGUAUGAUGCAACAGCUUCUAUCGAUUUUGACGAACUAGAUACAUCGAUCACUUACGAAGACUUUGUGAAUAAGGAAAUGAUUCACUUCAGCCAUGCUGACAACAUCAGAAGCAUCCCGAGUUCAAUUGAUGGGCUCAAACCAUCUCAGCGGAAAGUCUUGUAUUCAUGUUUUAAGCGAAAAUUGCGAUCUGAGAUGAAGGUUGCUCAAUUAAGUGGAUAUUGUGCCGAGCACACGGCCUAUCACCAUGGAGAAGCAUCUCUCCAAGGAACUAUCAUCGGAAUGGCGCAAGACUUUGUGGGCUCGAAUAACUUGAACUUGAUGGUACCAAGCGGUCAAUUCGGAACUCGUCUGGUUGGUGGUAAAGAUGCUGCGUCACCAAGGUACAUCUUCACCCAUCUCGCCCCAGUUACCAGAUCCCUUUUCCCCGAUGACGAUGACGUUCUCUUGGACUAUCUUGAGGAUGAUGGACAAAUGAUUGAACCAAAAUUUUACUGUCCAAUCAUUCCCCUGCUACUUGUAAACGGAACUCAAGGCAUUGGGACUGGAUGGAGUACAUUUAUUCCGCCCCACAACCCGAUGAGUGUCGUAGACUAUAUUAGAGCAAAGCUUGAUAACCAAGCAAAGCUUCCAUUGAUUGAACCAUAUGCCAAUGGAUUCAAAGGAAAAAUCGAACGUCGAGAAGAUGGCAGUGGCUACGUAAGCUAUGGAAUAGUCGAGCAAUUGAACAAAAAGACAAUACUGGUGAAGGAACUUCCGAUAGGAGUUUGGACAGAUAGCUACAAGAGUCAUCUAGUGAAGAUGCAAUCUAAGGGACUCAUUAUGGGGCUUCUGGAGGACCAUACAACGACAAAGGUGUCGUUCAAGAUUAGUCUGAAACCCAGUCAGCUGGAGCGGAUGAAGCAGACAGGCUUUGAAAAAGCGCUGAAGCUAACUACAAACCUACCGCUAACAAAUAUGAAUGCGUUUGACGCAGAUGGAUCCAUGCGACGAUUUUUCUCACCGGAAGAUAUUGCAGACUCCUACUUUCCAACGAGGCUUUCGCUGUACGAGGAUCGCAAAUCAGUCCUUCAAUCACAAUUGAAUCACACGUCUGCAUUGUUGAAGAACAAAGGCCGUUUCAUUGAGCUUGUGGCGAAAGGACGAAUCGAACUUUUGGGAGGAAAGACAUCCAAAGAGGAAAGUUAUGCCAAGUUAAAGGAGCUCAACUUUCAAACUUCCAACGAGCUUGAAGAAAUUCGUACCAAUAAUUCUCUACGAAAGAAGCGUCCUGCGGAUGAUAAAACAUUCGAUGAAGAUGUGGCAACUCCUGGUUCGGAGUUUGACUAUCUCUAUAAAAUGCCGCUAUCCAGUCUUACAACAGAGAAGAUCGCUGAGCUAAAUCGAGAUGUUGCCAAGGCAGAAACGAAUCUGAAGGAGAUCCAGCAAUCGGAAGCACGAGAGCUCUGGAUGACGGAUUUGGACAAGUUGGCAUCGCAUCUCUAA